GAGAGAACCAUGGAGUGCAGUUUAACCACCGUGGCGCAUAGACGUGUCCAAAUUUGUUCGGACGUGAUCUAAGAUUUUUUUGGAAACAAUCCUCGAAAUUAUAUAUAUAUAUAUAUUUUUCGGGGAAUAUUAAUUCAUAUUUAAUUUAUAAUUCAAAUUCUUAAUUCAUAUUUAACAAUUAGAAUAGUGUUGGGAAAAAAUCGUAGGAUUAUCUUGAACCAAUAUUGAGAGAGAGAUAGAGAGAGCAUCGACCAUGCCAGGUGCGAGCGACUUUGUGUUGGUGAGUCGUCGAAGAAGACACUGUGACGGAAGGAGAAUUUUAAACAAAGGAGCGAAAGUCGCGCAAAUCCCCGAGAAUUACGAGAUCGACUGCAAGCAUCUUCUCCGCGCAUUAGAUCGCACGCUAGUCGAGAUCAGAGACACACCGUUUGUCAAGCUCAUUCUUAGCCACCUGACGGAUUCAUUGACCGUUCUAAACUCUAAUGGUAUAUCCGAGAUAGUCUGCUACGGGUUAGGACGAUUCUCUCAGUACAGGUCGUCGAGAUGUCAAUUGGCGUUGCUACUGUACCUAAAGGAGCGAUACGGCGCUCGCGUGUAUGCGUAUGACCCGAUAUUUUACCCCGAAGAAGUACAGGCGUUGCGUGCCUUGGGUCUGGAGAUUAUAGAGACGAACGAGGAAGGCAAACGCGUCGUUCGGGAUGAGAUAACUACUCUCGUGUUCAUGCCGCAUUGCUCCAAGCAACUGACGAAUAAUUUUCUCUAUGCAAACUGGGGAAGCGGCUUGAGCAACUGCAUCCUGUUCGCCAAUAGUUUCACGAAGAUAAUCAACGAUUGCUUGCGGAGAGAGAUAUUGGAGACUACAGGUUAUAUUCUGCGCAUUCAGCCUUAUGUUACAGAAAUUCCAUUGGAAAAUUCUUUCGUACACGAGACAGUUUUCAAUGACCUCAGCAUUCAUAUCUUUAUCAAGCAAGACUUACUUCGGGCUUCGUCAGAUUUCUGGGACUUCAGAGAAGAACCGCGAUAUUCAUUGGACGAAAUAAAAUUUCUUUCAGCGACGACACGGUAACAAAUAAUUAUCGCACUAUAAAAUACAGCGACAAUGAAUAAUAAUAUCAAAAUUGUGCGCUCUCUUGUGCAACAACUCCGCCGAGUCUCGCAGAAUAAGAGCACGAAGGAAAAUGCCAUGUUACAGUAUAUUAUGGAGCAAGCACACGUUCACAAGGAAACGUCUG